AUGAGCAGUGAAAACAUCGUGCCAGAAGGCGAGUUGGUAGACGAGGAGUUUAACGAUAUCGAUGACAACAUAAUUGUCGACCCUCAAGAGAGGGCCAAAGCAAAUGCAAACACAACCGCGUCUGGGGACCACCCGGAAAAGCAGUCGAAAGCUGAGAAGUUGAAGCAAAGACAGCAGAACCUAUCCGCUGCUGCUGCUGCGAGCGCCCAGGCGGCAUCCUCGUUGAUUCCAGACUUGCCGGAACUUACUCGCAAGGACAAGGCCCUUAAAGAAGUGUUGGACAUGAUGGACGAUGAAUUUGCACCCAUCAUCCCCGACGCAGUGACGGACUACUACCUCGCAAAGAACGGCUUCGAGUCGUCGGACAUCAAGAUCAAGCGGUUGAUCGCGUUGGCGACUCAGAAGUUCAUCAGCGACAUUGCGCAGGAUGCAUACGAAUACAGCAGGAUACGGAACUCGAGCGUGGUGUACAACUCAUCGAACCCUCAAGUUCGAGCCAAACAGCUACUACAGGGACAGCAGUAUGCUACUCAGCAGACGUUAGCGGGGAAUAGUAGCAACAAUUCUGAAAGCACAGGAGAUCAACAAAUGGCGCAGCAGUCCCACUCCACUGCUGGGAAACAACAGGGGAAAGUGGUUUUGACUAUGGAGGAUCUCAGCAAUGCGUUGAGCGAGUACGGAAUGAACACCUCGAGACCCGAGUUCUAUAGAUAG